AAUGAUGCGAACCAUAGCCUACAAUGGAAAAAUACGAUUCACAAUUCCAGGUUUUCUAAUCCCAAAAAUCCCGGGAUUGACGCUGAAAAAUCCCGGGAUUGACAUCCCUACAAGUAUCAAGUUUACCAAAAUCAUUUUUAAAUUGCCGCUCUUUUAAAUCGACUUAUCACUGUCAAACAUCGAUACAUUAUCGACCUUUGAUAUUCGACUCGGAAACUAUCGCUGAGGUGAUUAACCUAACCUAAAAUUUAUUUCAACAAGCACGUUGUUGAUGUCUACAGUCAGUGUUGUGAAAAGUGUAAUUACACUGUAAUAAAAACUAUUUGAAACAUUUUAAUGUAAAUAUUAUUGUCAAAUAUGGCUUCCACUUCAACGUAUUCUUCUGGAACACAAAUUCAAAUACGUUUCGUUACUAAACAAGAAAAAUAUUCCGUACCUGACACACCUUUUGCCGUUCCAUGCUCUAUAGCUAGUGACGAAUUGAACGCUCUUCUAAAAGAACUUUUGAAUGAAACCUCCAUAGACGACUCACAUAAAUCGGUUCUAUUCGACUUUGCCAUAUCCAAUGUUCUACUUAGACAGCCGCUCGAUAAGCAUGUAUCGGAAGUCGGACUAUCGACUGAGAAUGUUAUCGAUAUCGAAUACUUUGAGAAAUUUCCGUCGCCCGAACCGGAAGACUGUUUGAUGCAUGAUGACUGGGUGUCGUCGGUUCAUGUCAAAGGAAAUUGGAUUCUAUCUGGAUGCUACGAUAACAACGUUUAUCUGUGGACUAAGAAGGGAAAACAUAUUCUUACGAUACCUGGUCAUACAGGAGCUGUGAAAUCAGUGGCUUGGGUAUCUCAGAAUGAUACCAUUGCUUCUUUUGUCAGUGCCUCUCACGACCAAACAGCAAUGCUGUGGGAGUGGAACACAGGUAGCAAUUCGGUGGACUGUAUCCACGUGUGCAGAGGCCACGAGAGAGGACUGGAGAGUAUAGCAGUCGACCAAAAUGCCGAGAGAUUCGCUACAGGAGGAUGGGACUCGCUGCUUAAAGUGUGGUCUGCUUCUCUGCAUAGAACGGAUGACAACAGUUUGGAGGAAUCGUCCAACAAAAAAUCGAAAAAGACCUGCUCAAAAUCCCAGACUCGUACACCCCUCCUAACCUUGAAAGGUCACAAAGAAGCAAUUUCCAGCGUCCAAUGGAAGACCUCGUCCCAGCUUGUGACGUCAUCGUGGGACCACACCCUGAAGAUCUGGGACGUCGAGUACGGCAGUGUAGCCACUGAAAUAUCUGGCAACAAAACCUUCUUCGACUGCCACUGUGGUCCCAAAACUGGUUAUCUCAUAACUGCAUCAGCUGAUAGGACUAUCAGGCUCUAUGAUCCCAAAUCUGCAGACGGAACCUUGAUAAAAUCCUCAUUCCUGUCUCAUUCCGAGUGGGUGCAGACAGUUAGAUGGUCUUCCAGUGAAGAGAAUCUCUUCAUAUCUGGAGCCUAUGAUAAACACGUCAAGCUGUGGGACACCAGAAAUUGCAAAGUUGCACUCUACGAACUGCUGGGGCAUGACGAGAAAGUGUUUUGCUCGGAUUGGUCAGACGCUAAAUACAUUGUUUCGGGUGGAGCCGACAACACUCUACGCAUGUAUAGGACAAACAAAAUCAGUCAAAUCAGUGAUAAGAAAUACGACAAUGAUAUGGUUUGAGACAAGGUGUAGAUUUAUAUAAGAAUCUACGAUUUUUAAACAUUUAUAAAACAUGAAUUUGGAUGCCAUGUUGUAGGUAUCAGAGAAUAAAAUGUAUUUUCUUGUUAUUUGUAUUGAUUCAUUUGAUUGAUGGCCGGGUUUCUCAGUCGUUCAAUAAACAACGCUAUAACUAUUGA